GCGCCUGGACCCACUCUGCACGCCCUGGGGGUCCCUUUGGAGGAAGGUUUGUGAGCUUGGGUGAGAAGAGGGCUUUGAGAACUGUCAGGAGCAAGUAGCAAGAUCAGGACGAAUUGGAGGGACCAAGGGUCGCGGUGGGGAGACCAGUGGAGGGAAAAUCCAGUAACACAGUCUUGAGGCACUGAGGGCCUGGCUCCCAGUGGCAGUAGUAGGGAAUGGAAAGACAAGUUGGUGAGGAAGAAGACUUGAAAGAUGACCUCUAGGUUUCCAUGGUGAAUGACCAGAAAAUAACGCAAAUGGGUUGGGGGGUGGGGUGGGUGGGGGGCUGCAAGCAGCCUUUCUGAGGCAGGAGCAAGGAGAAGGAGGAUUUGGGUUGGGGACAUGUUGAAUUAAUUCUCUCACAUAGCAGUGGUUCGAAAUGCCUUCCUCUCUUCUCUUUUGUUUACUUUUGAAGCUUAAGGGCAGUAUUAGCUCACGGUUUCACAUCCAGAGGCUUGGUGGCUCUGAGAGGUAAAAUUUUUAAUGGAGGCUCCUCAGGAGCUGAGGGAAUUACCACCACCCUGACAAUUCUUUCUGGUUAUUUUUAAGGUUCCAGCCAUCCCUGCUCAGGCCGGAAUUUCCAGGAACUGGCUGCUGACGGGAGCCAGCUGGCCCCUCCCAGCCUCCCACUGCCUCCCGGGUGGGGCCCCAUGGGUGGAGGCCCCUUGGGGUAGAGUGGGGUGGGUGUCCAGUGAUAGGGCACCAGUGGGAGGCAGUGUGGCCUCACGCAGCCCGUCUGGGUUUGAUUAUAUAACGCUUCACAGAAGAGAAUUGUGAGGGCUGAGCCUAGCCUCGUAAGAUACGUACACUGAAGGAUUGAUUAUUACACAUCAUGGGCAUUUUUCAGUAAACUAAAACACAGAAUUGUCUGAGAGCAUAAAGAAGGAAAACAGCUGUGUAACCUUAGUAGGCAGAAUGAUUUGCAUUUGCGAGAAAAUUUCUUUAAGAAAGGUGUGGAAUGCUACUAACCAGGUAGCCUUGAACUUGAGAGUUUACCUGAAGGAUAUGGGUUUGGGUUUCCCAGCUCCCACCCCUGCUUCGCCGGGCCUCGGUCUAGAAAUGUGUAGGGAUUUUGCUUGGUUGUUACCUUUGCACCUGUCCCUAUUUACAUGCAAAAUCAAUUGCUUCACUCGGUCUUUCCGAAGUACAGGGUGUGGACAGAAUCUUAUCUGAAGCCAUGUCCUGUUUGGACAAGUCGAACUCGCCUUGGCAACGCUCCAUAGGGUGGAGCAAAUGGGUGGAGGCAGGAAAGUAAAAUUGGGUGGCUUGUUAGCAGAGAGAGGAGAGAGGGCGGAUUGUUUGCUCACUGGAUCAUUAUAUUUAAUCUAAAACUAAAUAAUUAACUUCUUUCCCAUUUACAAAACAUUUUGAUGCAGAAUAGCUAAAUCUAAUUUGUGAGGGGCAAAGAUUUAGAAACACUCCAUGGAAUUUUUUCCUUUCAAACCAACAAUAGAAGACAAAGGCCAAACACCAGAGCACCCUAGAAAGCUUAACUAAGAGAAUGCUCAUGUUUGACCCAGUCCCUGUCAAGCAAGAGGCCAUGGACCCUGUCUCCGUGUCAUACCCAUCUAAUUACAUGGAGUCAAUGAAGCCCAACAAGUACGGAGUCAUCUACUCCACGCCGUUACCUGAUAAGUUCUUCCAGACCCCGGAGGCCCUGUCUCACGGGAUGCAGAUGGAGCCAGUGGACCUGACCGUGAACAAGCGGAGUUCGCCGCCCUCUGCGGGGAAUUCUCCUUCCUCACUGAAGUUCCAGCCCUCGCACCGGAGAGCCUCGCCUGGCCUGAGCAUGCCUUCUUCCAGCCCACCGAUGAAGAAGUACUCGCCGCCUCCCCCGGGCGUGCAGCCCUUCGGCGUGCCGCUGUCCAUGCCCCCGGUGAUGGCCGCCGCCCUGUCCCGGCACGGCAUCCGCAGCCCCGGGAUCCUGCCCGUCAUCCAGCCCGUCGUGGUGCAGCCGGUCCCCUUCAUGUACACCAGCCACCUCCAGCAGCCGCUCAUGGUCUCCUUGUCGGAGGAGAUGGAAAACUCAAAUAGCAGCAUGCAAGUACCUGUAAUUGAAUCCUAUGAGAAGCCUAUAUUACAGAAAAAAAUUAAAAUAGAACCUGGGAUUGAACCACAGAGGACAGAUUAUUAUCCUGAAGAAAUGUCACCCCCUUUAAUGAACUCAGUGUCCCCCCCGCAAGCACUGUUGCAAGAGAAUCACCCUUCAGUCAUAGUGCAACCGGGGAAGAGACCUUUACCUGUGGAAUCUCCGGACACCCAGAGGAAGCGGAGGAUACACAGGUGUGACUAUGACGGAUGCAACAAGGUGUAUACUAAAAGCUCCCACUUGAAAGCGCACAGAAGAACACACACAGGAGAAAAACCCUACAAAUGUACUUGGGAAGGAUGCACAUGGAAGUUUGCUCGGUCUGAUGAACUAACAAGACAUUUCCGAAAACACACUGGAAUCAAACCUUUCCAGUGCCCAGACUGUGACCGAAGCUUCUCCCGUUCUGACCACCUUGCCCUACAUAGGAAACGCCACAUGCUAGUUUGAAUGCCUCCGUCCCCUGCCUCAACGUGGCUCCCCGUUCUCCCGGCUCUCUCUCUCUGUCCUCCUUCCCAUUAUCUAACUCAUUUUUUACAUGUACGUUUUAAUUUUGAUUCAGCUGGCCUGAAUCUCUGAAUUUAUAUCAUUCAAGCUUCCAUAUGGUCAGUAGUAGAUAUUCUCUAAUCCUCCUCUCCUUACCACGGGUCAGACCUAAAGAAUGUGAACACUUUUUUUUUUUUUUUUUUUUUUUUUCCGGGGAUGCUAAGCAAACCCUUCUUACAGAUACGUUUAAUGUAAUGAGAACAAGGGAACAUGUAAACUUAAAAUAACCAAUUGUCGGUUCCUCCAUGUAUUUCUCAAAAGAAUGUCAAAGUAAAUGUAUUAGAAAUACAGUAUCCAGCCUGCUAGUCCUUGCCAGGGACGUUCAUACCUCUGUGCCCUGUGAUCGUAUUUUGUGCUCGCCAGCAAGAAGGGUGGACCCUUUCCUCAGAUUAACUAGAAGUGCAGCAAGAUUUCAGGUAGGACAGUCAACUCGUCCAUUGUCCUUCACAAAUCCUGCUUGUCAACUUGGAUAUUUCACUUCAUCUAAAUUAAGUCCCUUACACUCCUUUGUGCCUGCAGCUAGUAAGGAGGCCUCUCCACCCCUGGAGGUGAGCCAGAGUUGCUGAUUUAGUUCGGUGAUGUCUGCCAGUUAAAGGCUGGAUGCUAUACUUGGAUGGCACAGAGCCUGAACGAAGGGGCAUUCAUCAGGGGAGAAGCAGCGGGGGCAAAGGAGGAAGCCGGCCAUUCCUCCUGGGCUGGGGCUUUUCGUUCAGUGAGGUUUCAUCGUGUGGUUAGCUGUGCAGUGCUCUCCCAGAGCGGCCGUCUCUGUGUUUGGCUGUGCAGAAGCAGAGCCAGAUGCUGAUGGGGUUGUCCGUGCACCUGUCUCCAUUCCUCUGAUGUCCUUAAUGUGGAUCAUCAAGCAUUUGAUAGUAGGGACACAAAAAUAUUUGCCCAGUAAUGGUAAGAAAAAUCUUUCAGAUAAGAGUAUGGAUGAUGGCCUUUCUUUUACCCAACCUACUCACAGGGUUUUUUGCAAACAGGGAAAACAUUGAGCAGUAACUGUAUUCCCAUAUCAAAUGAAUCAUACGGCUUUUAUACAGAAGCUCUUCUGUGUGAACUGUAAGGUGCCAAGGUGGCCGUCAUUUGUGUUUGUGAUACAUAUCAUAAAUAAGGAUCUGCUAAUGCUGUAGUAGAUUCAUUCAAUUUGAGACCCGAGUGACACUAUUUGUAAAUAUACCUAGUUGUGAAGCACACAUACCUUCAUUCGGGGGACAGAUUUCUGAAAAAUAAAGAAAACCACAGUUCAGGGAUUCGCAUAUUAAUAGCUCAAAAAUUCCCAAGCAUUUACUGUUAAGGAGCUGGAAAUCAAUCAUUGUCAAGUAUCCCGUCAGAAGAAGCUGAAAAUGACUCGUGUUUAUGUUAAAGAUAAAUAGCGCCAUUAUUUGGGGGAAGUUUUUUGUUUUUGUUUUUGUUUUCAAAAGCUGGCUUUUGAGCACCAUAGUCUAAAUGCCAAUAAAAAUAAUUCAUGCAUAGAAAUGUCAUUGGUCCUCAAUUUGAAGAAAGUGGGCGACGGUGGUCAAGUGUGGGUGCAUACAACGAAAUGCGCCUUCACCCCUCGAUAAAGGAUGGAAGAGAAGAGAGAAUGGAAUCCUGAAGAUUCAGCCCAGGCGCGACUCAGGAUCCAACACAACCUUAACUGGGAGGAAUACAUUGUUCAACUGUUUUUAAAACAUCAGUGAAUGAGUGAUUCUGGAGGCCUGCAAAUCAUGUGGGGAGCUUACUUUGACGGCGCUAUGUUAAUAAAAGUUAGUUGUAGGGACUGUGCACCUAAGAGAUCCCACUCAUCAGCCCUCUGAACCAGCUGAAAGGAAAUGUGGAGAGACACAAAGUAAUUUGUUACCUUCUUGGCACUUGGUUGUGAUUCUCUCUCUCUCUCUUUUUUUUUUUGUAAGCACUGCAGAAUUUGUUUAGAAUAUUAAAACAUCCUAAUUGGGCUUUUUUUUUGUUUGUUUGUGUUGUUGCAACUAUGACAUGAAUUGAAAGAUAAAAAUGGCUCUUGGGAAAGUAGGUAUUGUCUGUACUGUAAAUGCUUUGUCACAUUCAUGCCAAAGUGUUUGUUUCUAGCAGUGAUUCUUAUACAACACACUGAAGAAUCAAGUUGGAAUGCAAGGAACUUUUUUGUUUAAUGGAGAUAGCCAGAUUAUGUGUUCCAACCCAUAUAGAAGGUAGGGGGAAAAAAGGCAAGAAAGGGUAGAGUCGAUCAUCUUUGAAUAAUUAGCUUUGAGUGUGAGAGUCCAGUUAAUAGAAAGCUUCAUAGGUUCUCAUGAAAUUUGAUGUGUUUGUUAUGGCAUAUUUAAAUUUUGUUGAAAAGAGCAAGCAAGACCCUGCAAAGACUAUUACAUGACUAUUCAGCUUGCUUAGAUUGUGGUAACAGUUCAUUAACAGAUCCAUUUUAACUCUGAAAGAAAAGGCAACCCAGAGAAGCCAUUCUCUGUUCCCAUGCUGGUCUGCAUACUUUAGUUACCAAUUGGCUCUUAACCAAAUUUUUCUUUUUUUAUAUAUAUAUUUGUAUUUACUAUGAUAGUUGAGAAAUUUAGUCUCUUAGACAUUUUUAGCUGUUAUCGUGGAAGACCUCAAAUACAGGAUAAGAUGCCCUUCAACAUGUGGUUUUAAUGAUGUGCCAUGUUACUAUCAAAGGUGGUUUUAAUUGCAAUAUUUUAAAUUGAUGCGAAUGAUCUGUAAACAUGAGGUUAGUGUUGUAUAAAUUCUGUUAGAGUUUCUUUUGAUUAUUGUCCAAGUGUCGUCUUGGGGAAGUCAGAAAGUUUAAGGCUGAAUCCAUCAUAUUUUAGAGUUCUAAAAUGUGAAUCUACACCAUAAAUGGGCAUUAACAUUCUAAAUCACCUGGUAUGGAGAAUGUGUUAGCAUAGCUGUGUUCAACUAAGGAAAUGCUAAAUACGUGGAAGUUUCAAGAGCCUUGGAACAGAUUUAUAGGGAACUGUAGAUGUAAAUGUAUAUUUUAUUAAACACCCAUCUGCACUAUCAGUGUUGCACUAAUGUGGAAUUUGAAAGACUUUAUUGCUGAUACUGUAUAUCUGCACGUCAUUCCUGAUUAGAUUGUUUUAAAGACAAUCUCAAAGAUCUAAGAUUUUAAAAUAAUUCGGUUUGAAAAUAUACAGUCAUCUUGAAGGAAUUGCUGUUAUACAUGAAGUUGCUCAGCGUUGUCUUUAUUCUCUUCUUGGUCAAGGUUAACAGUUUCUAAAUGAUCGCAAAUUCACUUAAAUAAUACAUUUACAAAGCCAUUUUACAUGCAUUAAACGAGGGCUACAAUAAUAUUACGUUUUACAAAUACUAGCACUUUUUUUUUUUUUUUUUUGCUGUCAUGUACUUAGUGUUAGAGGGUCAAAGUAAUCUUUCUGCUUAGCAUCUCUUAAACCAUACCUGCAACUAUAGCAGGAUUAUUACAUUUACAGUACUUUAAUACUUGUAUAAACUAUGCAGAAAUUUUUAAUAAAGUGUAAUAUAUUUUAUAAGCUAAUAAGACUGAAUGGGUAAAGGUUUUUAGCAUGCGUUAGUAUACUUGCAAAUACUGAAACAUUUUGGUAAUCUUUCUUACUAAAGAUGUGAAUGUUUAAUGUACCUUCUCUGUUUCUACUCUGUAGUCCGAUGGGAAUUCAGUAAUGACAUUUUGUCAUGUCAAACUGUGAACAUAAAUUUGUACUGUACAGUCCUCAUAUACUAUAUACAGUAUGCAAUAUAUGUAUUAUAUACUUGUUAAUAAAACCAUCAGAAUAUUAA